AUGAAUUAUCGCAACCUGAGCUGCAUGGACUUACUGAUCAACGUCGAUUGCGGCCGAACCCCAACGGAGCUCCUGGUUCACGCGGUCGCUAGAUGUUCAAAAGAGGUAGUAGCCCAUUUGCUUCAGAGCAUAACGGGCAUUGAGAUUACCGACGAAAUACUGCUGCGUGUGCUUGAGAAAGCCUCAGUUGAGUAUCUUUUGACAAUGUUGAAGCUAUUGCAUGACUAUGACUGCGACGGAUUUCAUUCUCAUAUAACCAGCGAGGUCAUGCUUGCAGCAGUAUCCAAUCAUUUCGACUGCAACGUCGAGCAUGUCGAGCUCUUAUGCAAGAGAGGCCUGGGCGCGCAUCUGGUUACCGAACAAGUUUUUGCAGCCGCCGCAAAACUUCCGGACGGUCAAUUUGUCAUUAAGAUCCUGUUAAAUGCCACCGGUGGCAGAAUGCCUGUUACAGAGACGAUCGUGACAGCUGCAGCUGGGAACUCGGUGCAAGGGAUUGCUAUCAUUGAAAUACUCUUGGGAUAUGCCGGGAGCGAAAUGCCUCUUACAGAAGCCGUUUUUAUAGCUGCAGCUGGGAAUGAAACACAGGGGAAAGAGAUUAUUGAUGUUUUAUUGAAGGCCGCUGGGGGUUCGAUCUCCGUAACUCCAGACCUCGUGGCAGCGGCUUCCAGAAACGGCAAACAAGGGAGUCAAAUACUGGAGACCCUCAGGGAUCGGGGUGUUGUGGCCCUUACACAAGAAAUGAUACUAGAGGCCUGUUGGAACUCAGUGGGGGUCCGAAAUAACCUGGAAAUCCUCUACCGCAAACGACCAGGGAAACUGAGGCUCACAGAACUGAUGGUUAUGGCUGCUAUUGCCAGCGGACCCGAAAUCUUAAGAUUUCUGCUUAACCGGCACCGAUAUUCAGAUGAAGCAAUCCCGCUUGGGACAUCCGGCGAAUUUGCUCACGGUGAUUGCAAGAUAACAGAGUUUCUUCUUCUUGCAGCUUCACAAAACAAUCCGGAGAGAGAUCCCGUCACUGUCAUGGAGAUAUUACUUGACCACGGGGAGCCCGGUAUAAUUAUACCUAAUGCUGUCCUUGUUGUUGCGGUUAGGAGUGAAUCUGCGAAUAAUCUCAUACCCCUUCUUCUGGACCACAAGGGUUCUUUGCUCCGCAUCUCGGAGCUUGCUCUGAUUAGUUCAGCCAGGCAUCAAUCCUGCGAGCUCUUCAUGCUGCUACUCAACAGGGCGGCUGAUGGAAUGGAAGUAACAGAAGAUAUUCUCCUAGCGGCAGCCGACAACACGCAUUACGGCACUGAGAUUAUGGAAGCGAUCAUCCGCCACAGUCCGCAUCAAUUGCACAUCACUGAAACGGUGCUAGUUGCGGCUGCAAUGAACAAUAAUCAGAAUCCCAGACUUAUGACAACUCUGCUUCAAUACGGCCGGGGCUACAUCCAGAUCACCGAGAGUAUGGCUUUAGCUGCGGCGCGAUGUACCAAAGGAACGGAGCUGAUGGAAAUGCUUCUGAAGUGGAAAAAUCCCGUCCAGUAUUCGGAUCGUAUGUUGGAAAGUGCCGCUGGGAAUUGCCUUGGAGGAAAACAGAUCGUACAGUUAUUGAUCGAUCACUUCGGGCCCAGGGUCCGUAUCACCAAUGCCGCGCUUAAAGUUACUCUAGGUGCAUGCAUCACGUUCGACGAGAAGGUUGAGAGUCUCGCGUUCCUGCUUAACCACUAUAGGGAGGACGCAUUGAUUAGCGAGGAAGUCUUCCAGGCAGCAGCCAGAUCGGAUGCGGAAUCGCCAAUAUUUCUGGAAUUGCUGGAAACACAUCAGCGUGCAAACGUCGAGGUCACCGAGACCCUUCUCCGUUCUGCGGUAAGAAACUGCAGGAGCCGUCCGAGCCCGCUGGAUUUUCUCCUGCCCCGAUGCCACGGUCCAAGUAAUGUCACUGAAGAUGUACUCUUGGCUGCAGCCCGUGCGGGUAAUGACGACGCUCUAGUGCUUAUACUGGAAAAUUAUGGUGCGGAAAUCAACAUCUCAGAAGAGGUGCUGAAGGCCACAGCGCAGCACUGUAACAUUUAUACCGUUAAACCUUUGCUGCGCCAUCUCGCAGAUGACGCACAAAUCACACCGAGCGUCCUUAAAGCGGCUGCCCUUAAUAAGACCUAUUCCGGGGUAGAUGUUCUAGACUGUCUGGUUAACCAAGAAGGGCAACACCACAUCACCCCCGAAAUUGUUACUGCAGCAGCCGCAAACAAUUCUUGCGGCGCAGAGGUUCUCUCCCACCUUAUCUCCCGCUUCCCAGCCGAGACAAGGGCUGCAGUUACACACGACGCUUUCUUAGCUGCUGUCUUCCGCGCCAAUUGGGACGUCCUCCGCAUCCUUGAGGAUUUUGGCAUGUUCACCACACCGCAACACAACGCAAUCGCCCAUCUCUACGAUGCUGCUCGAAUUGGGGAUAUCUUUAUAGCACGAGGCACCCUCGCUGCGGGGAUCUACCCGGACCACAGCACCCGAGAAGGCCUGACGCCAUUAUCGCACGCGGUGGUCUAUCGUUGUCGGAAAGAGAAAGAUACCAUCGUCAGGGAUCUCCUUGCAACAGGGCGUGUGGACGUCAACUCUAGAGAUUGCCUAGGCCGGACGCCGCUGUACUACGCCGUUGAGUCUUAUGGCUGCCACCAUUGUUCCAGGGACCCAAUCACCAUUCAGAUUCUGCUGGAUGCGGGAGCGCGGAUUGAUCUCGCUGAUGAGUUUGGGGAAACGCCGCUUGAUUUGGCCGUAAGGCAGGGCAAGUACGUCGUAGUGCUUUUGCUGCAGCGGGCCGCUCAACUGCGUGGUGAAUGUGUGGAUGGUUCUCAAGGUGAAAUUGUAGAGCAUAAAUCUAGAUAG